ACCGUUGGGAAUAACAAAACACGACGCAAAAUAAUCUAAUACCUACUGCUUCCUUCCUUGUAUAUUCCAUAGAACCGUAAGAGAUAGAUAGAGUUCGUUACAGUGGUGCAAUAAUAACAGGAAAAUGUUCCCUGCUACGCGAAAAUAGAUCUUAGCCGAUUGACUUAACGAGCAUGUCAAUAAAUUCAAUUGCUUAUAAACUAGCCAUAGGAAUAUCACACUUCAGUGUUUGACAUAAAGCACUCUCGGCGAGUCACUGGAUUUACGAAGAACGGUUUAUCCACGUGCGUUGGUUUGACCUGACGUUAUUAGUAUUUCUGUGAUUUUAGACUUUAUGUCGGUGGGGUAAGAUUUGAAUUUAAAUGCAAAAUUAUUGUUUAUGGGGGAAAUCCAAUGUUAUUAAGCCCAGACAGUAUGCUAGUGUUUGUUUCAUUCAGUCUCAGAAGUUGUUGAGUAAAGGAUAUGUCCGCGAUACUAUAACUUAUAACUUAAUUAUGGAUUUAAAGAAACUCUUCCUUUAUAAAAAGCAGUACAAAGUGUUUUAACGAAAUAUGUUUAAUUUUUGUGCAAAAGCGUGUUAAGAUAUCGUGAAAAAUGGAUGGCCCUCUGGGUCCCCCCUGGUUUUUUUGGUUAUUUGUGGCAUUUAUUGCUUCGGUUGGAUUUGGAAUUUUCCUCAUGGCAAUAAUUCGAGCGUGCCAAGUCUGCUGCAGCGACCAACCUAAGCCUCACGUGAACCAGACCCGUAGGGGCCGUUACGUGACCAACAGAACUUCAGACAUGGAGAAUGGUUGGAGCCCCGGUUUCGACGCGCCGCCAUCCUACGACGACGUCAUGUUCUCCGGUGAAGGUAACAGCUGGGGAGGCGGUGAUAGCGGCGGUUGUGACACUGGAGGUGGCCAUAGUGGCGGCGGUAGUCACACUGGAGGUGGUCAUAGUGGCGGAGGUUGUGACACUGGAGGUGGUCAUAGUGGCGGCGGUUAUUACACUGGAGAUGGUCAUAGUGGCGGCGGUUGUGACACUGGAGGUGGUGAUAGUGGCGGUGGUUGUGACAGUGGGGAAGGAGGUGGCGUUGAUUAGUAUUUGUAAGAACAUUUUGUUAAUUAAUUUUUUAAGUAUGUUUUUGUUGUAAAUAAACGGUGUUAUUCAAAAAUGCGUUACUGGCUUGAAUUAGAUAUGAAUUGUUUGUCUUUAUCUGUCAUGUUGACUUAUGUAUUUGUAAGAAAGGGAUAAAAUAUAAUUUAACCAAAUCAGGCCCGUAAAAUUUUGUGAAUAAGGGGGUAUCACAAACUGUAUAGAGAUACUACGCAUCUAUACGCAUCGGAUUCUACUCCGGCAAGUCUUAUCGCUAAAAAGGGAUCUCUUCUAGACAUAGACGACCUUUGGGUAGUAGAAAACUAAGUAAAAUGGGGUGAGUAGGAGCAAAACUGACAUUCAAACCUCGAUAACAUUUUAUUUUUACAUAUGCAAACUAAAGGGUGUAUAUAAUUUAGUUUAUUUUAGUUUUUAUUUUAUUCUGGGUAGUUCCAUUUGUAGAAUCAAACUUCAAACUUCGAUUUAACUUCGUUUUAUUGUUUUUACUAAUUAAAUUAAUGUAUCUUGUUAACAAUCACAAAUCGUAUUCCCUCCAGAAACAUAUCUGACAGUUCUCCAUAAUAAAAACUAAGAAAAGUCAUAAACACAACAACCAGAGAUUAUAAAGCCGGGUGCACGCCACAUGGUAUAAGGCCACAUACAUGAUAUCCACUACAAUCACUACUGUGAUGCUUACAGCUCGGCCAUCCUUUUUAUUUUAGUGAAUCCUCUCACUAAAAGUAAUUAAACAUUUAUAUCAACAACAAUAUAUCAUAACAUGUCAUCCACCUUAACACUAACAAAAGAUAAACAUACUUAUCAACAUUAUUUUAACCUUAUGGCAAUGCAGUCCCUUAUUAAUCAAUCACAGCAAGUGAAAAUAUGUAUAUCAACCUUAUUGAGAAAUCAAUCCUCACACUUCACAGGUUUCAAUCUAAAAUCAUACACCUAAUUAGUUUUUUUUUAUAAAUAAUCAGCACCUGGUAGCAUUAUCAGCCUUCUUUAGACAAUCUGCCAAACUAUAAACUAUCAUUAACAAUCUUGGCCUGCUCUAGACAGUCUGCCACAAAGGCCUGCGCUAGGCAGUGUGCCAAACUAUAAACUAACAAACAAUCUUGGCCUGCUCUAGACAGUCUGCCACAAAGGCCUGCGCUAAGCAGUCUGCCAAACUAUAAACUAACAUUAACAAUCUUGGCCUGCUCUAGACAGUCUGCCAUAGAGGCCUGCACUAGGCAGUCUGCCAAACCACGCCAAACUAUAAACUAACAUUAACAAUCUUGGCCUGCUCUAGACAGUCUGCCACAAAGGCCUGCGCUAGGCAGUCUGCCAAACUAUAAACUAACAUUAACAAUUUUGGCCUGCUCUAGACAGUCUGCCACAAAGGCCUGCGCUAAGCAGUCUGCCAAACUAUAAACUAACAUUAACAAUCUUGGCCUGCUCUAGACAGUCUGCCAUAGAGGCCUGCACUAGGCAGUCUGCCAAACCACGCCAAACUAUAAACUAACAUUAACAAUCUUGGCCUGCUCUAGACAGUCUGCCACAAAGGCCUGCGCUAGGCAGUCUGCCAAACUAUAAACUAACAUUACCAAUUUUGGCCUGCUCUAGACAGUCUGCCACAAAGGCCUGCGCUAGGCAGUCUGCCAAACUAUAAUCUAACAUCAAUUUUGGCCUGCUCUAGACAGUCUGCCACAAAGGCCUGCGCUAGGCAGUCUGCCAAACUAUAAACUAACAUUAACAAUUUUGGCCUGUUCUAGACAGUCUGCCACAAAGGCCUGCGCUAGGCAGUCUGCCAAACUAUAAACUAACAUUAACAAUUUUGGCCUGCUCUAGACAGUCUGCCACAAAGGCCUGCGCUAGACAGUCUGCCAAACUAUAAACUAACAAACAAUCUUGGCCUGCUCUAGACAGUCUGCCACAAAGGCCUGUGCUAGGCAGUCUGCCAACUCAAAUCAAACAUUCAUAGCCUAUUUUCAUAAAAUUUGCCAAAACCUUGUCUGCUGUAACCUGAACUCACUUAUCAUCACUAGUGCGCCCGACCAAUGCUUUGUAAUUUAACAAGUACCUAUUUUCCGUAAAAUUUGCACAUCAUAAAAUUGCUAUAUUUUAGGCCAUUCAUUUUUACAGCUCAAAAUAAGUAAUAUUUUUUUAUAACGGCAGUUCUAGAUAAGUCAAAACCUAUAUAAAGGGCAUCGCUGUAACAAUUCUUUCACAUCGCUACUUAUUAUUAUGGGACAUAAGUGGGAACAUUUUUUUGUACACACUAACAAGUAGUCAUUUAUUUUUAUUAAAACAAUUGCAAUACUAUUUGUAUAUCAUCUUUGUUUUUUUUUUAGUCCUCGAAGAAAGUCACAUACUGCCUAAAAAGUUACCAAAUCAAACACUUCUUCCAAUUUAUAUGUAAAUUUAAACCAAUGAAAUAAGUUACUCACUUAAUUUUGUGCCAUGAAUUAUAUCAUUGUUAUUAUUUUUACUAAUCGCUUCAUUAUUUUGUUUAUGGCAAUUAGUGCUAAUGUGUCCCAGUAAAUUACAAGUUGUACAUCUCAUCAAUUUCUUUGUGCAAUUAUAACUGAAAUGUCCCUGUUCCUUGCAAUUAUAGCAAACCUUAGUUGUACUUACACUAGUUAGUGGUUUGGUUUUAUCAUUAGCUAUUAUCUGGUUGGCGCCUGGAAUAGUAGACCUUUUGUUCUGAAUCUGACUAUCUUCUGAAGAUUCAUUGGAUUGUUGUUUAACAGAUUGAAAAUACUCAAGAAGUUCUUGGGGUUCUUCACACCUUAAAGCUUUUGCCCCAAGUCUCAGGGACCGGUCCUCUAUUCCAUGCAACAAACAGUCAACAGCUUGUUUACCUGUGAUUUCACAGCGAUGCAAUAAAUUAAUUUUCUCAUAAUAAUACAACUCUAAAGACUCAUUACAUUUCACAUUUUUGGACAACAUUUCAGUUAAUAGUUCUGCAUAGUCAUCGCUACUGGGAAAUGAAUCAAUUAGUUUCUUUUUCCAUUCACACCAAGAAAAUGACAUAGUAGGAAGAGCUUGAUACCAAGUGCGAGCAACACCUGCCAACUUGGGCAAAGAAUAAUGUAUAAUUUGUUCAUCUCUCCACUGAUACAAUUUUGCACAUUCCUCAACCUUUUUCAGCCAAAUAUGUAUUGUUUGCCCCUUUACCAUAGGGUCAAAUUCAGGAAUCACAUUACCUAAAAGUGGGAAUUUGUUCCCCUCUGGCUUUUUACUAGCUAAUGUCUUAACUAAGUCGGUCAAUAUGUUGACCAUAUUAAUUGCUUCACCACCAUCAGGACUCCUCGUCCUAACAACGCGUUUCGUGUGGUGCGGCUGAUACUCUCGCGAUUCAUAACUCCGUUCACUUUCACUUGAGACGCACCGCCCAUGACUCCAGCUCCUUUUACGUCCGCGACGAGAAUGGCGCUGCCGACGUUCGCACGACCUGCUACUCCUCGCGUCAUCACUUGAUAACCUGCGUCGGCGAGGGCUCCGGCUUCUUACAUGCCUACGAUCCGAACGAUGCCGCCGUCGAUCACGCGAACUGCUCUGCCUUGCGUUGUCACCAUCACCAUCCUGUUGUUGCGGCGUAUUGUCAUCAUUAUCAGUACGUUGGCGAAGUAAACAUGGCGUACGUACACCGCUAGAACGACGAGUUCUUUUCGUAGAACUUCUUUCACGAUCUGAAUGAUUUUUCUUAAUCCGGUCAUUGCGUUUUCUUGUACGCGAUCGCGACUUCCUUUUAUUGACAGUGUCGCCUUUAUCUAAGUUGUUUUUAUUCAUCUUUUCUCUCCAAGUUACGUCCGUCGUAUUGUCGUCAGAUUUAUCAGAUAGAAUGACCUUUUCCGAGCGAAGGCAAGUGAAUUUCAUGAAUCUCACUUCUGAGAUGUAGAAUCAAACUUCAAACUUCGAUUUAACUUCGUUUUAUUGUUUUUACUAAUUAAAUUAAUGUAUCUUGUUAACAAUCACAAAUCGUAUUCCCUCCAGAAACAUAUCUGACAGUUCUCCAUAAUAAAAACUAAGAAAAGUCAUAAACACAACAACCAGAGAUUAUAAAGCCGGGUGCACGCCACAUGGUAUAAGGCCACAUACAUGAUAUCCACUACAAUCACUACUGUGAUGCUUACACAUUUCAUAACUUUGACGAUAAACAGGAAAAAUCACCUCACCCCGUAGUCCCUCGUAAUUGGGGUGAUAUGGGUUUCAUACAAAGGUGAUUUUGGAAGAUUGUUGGAUCAGUUUUUUUAAAAUGAUUAUUACUAUAGCUCCAUUUUAAAUUGUGCCUACAUUAUUUUUGUAGCAGUAGCCCUAAAAACCCAUCUCACCCCCUGUUAAGGCGAAAUUUGAUUACUUACCUAUACGCAUCUAUACAUGCAUACUGCAUAUCUAUAUGUACCUAUGAUGAGCCGGCCCGCCGCUGUUUUAGUUUCAAUAAAUAGUCAUAAGCGUAUAGACCUGUUUUAAUUUCUUCUAACACCUUCACUCCAAAAUGAACCUUAUAGACUAAACAUUAUGGUCCAUCGACCACGGAUAUCAUUUACGGUGACCUAUUUCGCGGAGUGAAUUAAAUGUAAUUUGGAGUUAAAUAUGGACAAAUCAGUGCAAAAAAGUGGACAACAGUACGGAUUAAAAAGUGUUUAAGUGAAUUAAAGUGAAAAGAACGAUAUAGACUGGUAAUUUUCGGAUUUACAAGCAAAUGUUUCUACAACCGCUAUUGUUCGAACUAAAUUGAACUGAGUGAUUUGGCAUGUUUCAAAGGACAGUUAAAUAGUGCAUUUAUACGUAUAUAGCGGCAAAAUAAGAUAGCAGUGGACAUUAACUACUUAUAUGCAGCGCGAACUUAGACUUACCUACGGAUUUAUGCGCUUACCUACACGGUAAAAAAGUGAGUGCCGCGUUGGAACAUUCUAGAACUUGGUGAUUCGGUAUUUAAUUUUGUGAUAUUGUAGCAGUGAAAUUACACAAUGGAGCAGAUAGAAAAACGUACUUUACUUCAGAAAGAUACCUAUGAAAAGAUAGAAAAGGCUUAUAAAAACUACAAAAAGUCGCCUAAAGAGAGGAUAACUAUUGGAUAUGUAGAAGGGAGAUUGGAUACUUUAGAUACAUAUUGGAAGGAAUUUAAGAUAGUUCACGAGAAGUUACUUUUAUCGAUUUCUGUAGAAGAUAGACAAUUACUUCCGUACUUUGUCGAUGAUAUGUUUGACCAGUUUGAGGAGUUGGUGUAUACAUACAAAGGAGAGUUGAAGACGGCGUUAUUGAAGCUUAGUUCUGAAAUCGAAAAGGUGGACACAUCCAAACAAACUGUAAGUAACGCAAGUACAUCCAAUAGUGAAGUCCGUUUGCCUAGAAUUUCCAUACCGACUUUUAAUGGGAAUUAUACAGAGUGGCAAUCAUUUCACGACCUUUUUGUGGCAUUAAUUCAUAACAACUCGUCAUUAGAAAAUGUACAGAAAUUACACUAUUUGAAAAGUAGUUUGACGGGCGAGGCUGAAGUAUUAUUACGGCAGUUUUCUAUGACCGGAGAAAAUUAUACUGAGGCAUGGGCGAUUCUAAAAAGAAGAUAUAAUAACAUGAGAUAUAUCGCGAAUACAGUUUUUAAGAAGUUUUUUGGGCAACGAGCGUUAUCUCAAGAAUCGGCCUCUGCGAUUAAACAGCUGUUAGAUAGUACUGUUGAAUGUAUGAACGCGCUGAAGAAUUCACCGAUCAGUGGGAUGCAAUCGUCACGUUUGUCGUCAUAUCUAAGCUAGAUGUCAGCAGUCAUAAACAAUGGGAAGAGACAAUUAGUGAAGAUAGCUCCGAUGACUUACCUGCAUUUGAAAGACUGAAGCAGUUCUUGGAAACACGGUUUCGCACAUUAGAGAUGGUAGAACCUGCAAUUAGAAGUUACAAACAACCACCGAGUGUCAAACCGAAGUCAUUUCACACAACGGCUAGCAACGACGAUCUGCAAUGUACCCUCUGCAAAGAAAAGCACUACAUACAUAAUUGUGAACAGUUUAGCAAGCUACCUAUUGAAGAGAGAUACAGCUGCGUUCAAGACAACAACUUGUGCUACAAUUGUCUUACACCCAAUCACACCGUGUUUAAAUGCAAACAACGCACGACAUGUCAAAUCUGCAAGAGAAAACACCACUCCUUAUUACAUAGAGAGAAGAAGCCAGUAAGUGAAGAUAAACAGGUUACAACGAAAGAGGAUCCGCCUGCACACACAAACGAAGAAAAGUUUGUCACCAAGGUCACAGCGCAUGUGGCAAGCGGAGAACAGCCUGGUGAGAAUAUAUGGUUACCAACAGCACUGGUAGACGUCACAUCGAGCUCAGGUCAGUCACACGUCUUCCGUGCUCUCAUUGAUCCAGGUUCAGAGGUGUCACUAGUAACAUCAAGAGUCGUCGAUUUAUUAGGUUUAAAGAAAAAUGAAAUCAGCGGCGUCAUGUUUGGUGUUGGUGAAGGUAAUCGCACAGGUCUUAAGCACUUAGUAGAUUUACAGAUUACGUCUAGAUAUGAUACAAAUUUCUCAUUUAAUGUUAACAAUGCAUAUGUAUUGAGGUCUAUAACGCGUUUGUUACCUGAAAGAGAAAUUAGUGGUUAUGUUUGGCCACAACUUAAGGAUAUACAACUGGCUGACCCCACCUUCAACGUACCAGGUAGGAUAGAUAUUUUACUUAGUACGAAAAUCUAUGCUAAGAUAAUAGAUAAUGGUUUGAUUAGGGGGCCAGGUGACGUAAUCGCGCAGCACUCUCGUCUCGGGUGGAUCUUGUCAGGUGAUAUUGAGGUCAAUUCAAACAGGUCUCACAAUGUCAGGAGCUUUCACAUCACCAGACAGGUCAAGGAAGAUAACAAUCUACUAAGAAAGGUAAAGGAAGUUGAAACAGAACUUUACGCAACCAAGAAAGCUUGGUCUAAAGAGGAAGAAAGUUCUGAAGAAAUCUACAAAAAUAUAAAGGUAAGAGAUGAAACAGGAAGAUAUGAAGUACAUCUUCCUCUGAAAGAAACAAAAGAAGAAACAAUUAGGCUUUGGGGUGAAACAAAGCAGCAAGCAAUGACUAGGUUCCAAUCAUUAGAAAGGAAGUUCCAGAGAAAUGACAAACUGAAAGAAGAAUGCACGAAAGUCAUUAAUGAAUAUUGGAAUUUAGGUCACAUGAAGAAAGUAGAACAAGAAGAUGAAAGGGAAGCUAUUCACCUAGCCCCGCAACCAGUAAGUCGUGAAGAUAAGGACACCACAAAAGUGUGGAUAGUAAACGACGCUUCGUCGAAGGGCUCACGUCACAAAAUCUGUGUGGUAGGCGAUAUAGUUAAGAUAUAUCGUCAAGAAGGAAGGACAAACAACCAUACAGAUUUACAGCGGAUAGUGUGGCGAGAUGAAGCUUCUGGCAAAUUAGAGAGUUAUCAGCUGUUAACAGUCACUUUUAGAACCACGACGGCACCUCGGUUAGCAGUACGAACGCUACUUCAACUCGCUGACGAUGACUUUGAAAAGUAUCCACGAGGCGCAGCAGUGGUUAAGGCCUCGUUCUACAUGACCGACGCGAUGACCGGCACUGAAGACUUGUCUGAAAUGAAGUUAAUACGCAAUGAAGUUAACAAGUUAGUAAAGGCAGGUGAUCACAUGCAGGAAUGGUCAAGCAAGUUGUUACAGUACAUACGAGAGGUUAGUGACAGUAAAGACACAGUAAACAGUCUGGAAAUAAAGCUAGAUAAGGAAAUAAAGAUACUAGGACUUACCUGGGACAGGAACGAAGACACCUUUAAAAUUACUGUGAACUUACCGGAACUCAGGAACCCUGUAACAAAAGGGUUAGUGUUAUCAGAUGUGACGAGUCUCUUCGAUCCCUUAGCGUGGCUGGCUCCAGUCGUCAUAACAGCGAAGGUCAUGACACAGAAAUUAUGGCUUCGCAACCAAGGACGGGAUGAAGAACUGCGCUCUGAAUUGGUUAACAAAUGGGUUACUUACCGAGAUGAGCUGAAAGAGCUGCAAAUGAUCAGAAUCCCACGGUGGAUGAAAAUCACAGCAAAAAGCAGAGCAAGAGAAAUAGUAGAAAAUGGGUUAUGGUGGACUGCAUCAGAGCAGCUGAAAUACAAAGAUACAGAGUUCACUGGAGUUGACAUUUUACCAACAAGUUUAAAAAUGAAGAAGACGUUCCACGUUAACCUAGGUGACACUCCUAUCUGGGAAAGGUUCUCAUCCUUAAUAAAGUUGAAGAGAGUACAAGUUCAACGCCGAAGGUGGCGAAGAUUUAUAAACUGGAAAAACAAGACAAAUCGAGAAGAUUAUUUGACAGCUCCUGUAAUGGAAGAAAUAGAAAUGAGAUGUAUAAGAUACUACCAAUACUUGAUGUAUGAAGAUGAAAUUAAGUAUCUGAAAAAGAAGGGUAAAAUUAAGGCAAAGAGUUUUUUAAUCGCACUGACCCCAUACUUAGAUGAACACGGUCUGUUGAGGGUCGGUGGCCGCCUCAACAACUCGUCCAUAGCAGAAGAAGCAAAUCACCCUAUCAUCAUUCCCAGUAAGCAACAUAUUUCAAAACUGUUGAUAAAGGAAGCUCAGCUCAGAACAUUGCACGGAGACAUACUGGCAAGGAUGACCUACAUUUGAAGAAAAUAUUGGAUUAUUUUUAUUAUUAUUUUAAAAAUAGCUGUCAGACAAGUUACACGCAGUUGCAGUAGCUGCUUAAAAUUACUUUACUUACAGGCCGUACACUUGUACGUCACCAUCGUGAUCUUAAAACCUGAGUAUAGAAGGGUGGGCGGUCAGCUUUUAAAAUAAAAUAUACCUUAGUAAAGUAUUAAAGUAAAUACCUACUCGCUUAUCAAGUAAAACCUAAACCUAACUGGUAAACAUUGUUAAUAAAUAAACCACUCCGGUAUUAUUUCGCCAACAUCAAACAUGAUUUAAAAAGAGACUUUAUUAUGUUAGCAUAAGAAUCAUACUUGAGUGUGUUCAUUAGAUAUAUUUAAAAUAGUAAGAAUGUAACGAAUUUCUGUUAGUACUUAAACUAAACUUAUUUACUAAAGACAUUGUUUGUUUAGCUAACAUUGAGUUUUGUAUUUAGUACCUAAACAAUCCAUACAGUCCAUUUAUAUUGAAGCUAAAUCACGCGAACAAACAAAUAGUUAUUUUGUAGGGUAAAAUAAUUUAUAGUUGUAAUUACAUACGUAAAAAAUGUGUUAGAUGUUUUACCUACAUGUUACAUGCUACUAUGUAAGAUUACAAAUUGUUAUUAAGCAAUCAUUAUUUCAUCUAUUUGCUUUAAUUAAUUGUUAAAUUGCUCAGUUUACAUUAUUUAGAAGUGAAACGAUAUAACUAGGAAACAUGAACUAUGGAAAAUUACACUUAAUAUGUAUGAAUGUAAGAUUCAAAGUAGUUUGCUUAUGGUUGAUAACAUAUGUACGUAUAUUUCUUAAAUGUAAACGAGCAGCAGCUGGGUGAUGGGAUUUUGUUUACUUCUUUAAUAUUAUUAAUAGUUGGUAUACAUUUGUGGGUACCUAGCUUGACUAGUUAUGUAGCACGUAAUUAGUACCAGGCUAACUUGUUUGUGAGAUUAUAAUAUUCUCUAAGGCCCGACCAUAGAUAGAUAUUGUGUUUCUAACGAAUAAAAUGUACCUACAUAUUUUAGUAUAAAAUAAUUAGCGCAGAGUUUAAGAUUGUACCUAUUGUACUGAGUGAGUACCUACAGUUUCUGUUAUUGUUUGGUUUCAAGUUUGUAUAACGAUUAACUUAACGCUUAAUGUAAACUUAAUCGACUUUAGAUUUUUGUGCCUUAUGUAACUUAUGUUUUUCGGUUAUAGUUUACAAUGUACCUAGUUACCUAGUGUUACUUUGUGGUUUUAUGUUACCGAAUGUUUUUGUACUCAUUCUAGAGCUUGGUUUAAAAACUGUUGUUUUUGGUGGGCGGUAUGUUAAGGCGAAAUUUGAUUACUUACCUAUACGCAUCUAUACAUGCAUACUGCAUAUCUAUAUGUACCUAUGAUGAGCCGGCCCGCCGCUGUUUUAGUUUCAAUAAAUAGUCAUAAGCGUAUAGACCUGUUUUAAUUUCUUCUAACACC